AUGGCUGGGUCCCGUAGGAGUCCGGUGCUGAGAGAUCAGUGGAACGGCGACCCAGAUCGCGAACCUCGUGAUAGGGACCGCCGCAGAGGUCGUGGGUCGAAUCGUGAUCGAGGCAGGCAACGCUAUCGGGAUCGAGGAGGUCGUCAUUCGCGCCCAAACGACCGUCAUUUCGACUAUCGUGCCAGGUCGCCACCGGCUCGCGCAUCUCGCUUCGGCCCUGACUCGUCUCACGACUCGGCUGAUUACCCUCUGGAUCGCUCGCCUCCACCGCGUGGCUCCCCUGGCCCUGUUGGUUUCCACGAAAAUCGGCGCUCAGACAACCCGCGACCUUCAUCCUCCACGGACUGGAACACCAAUCCAUCUAGAUCUGCGGACAACAAAGAGAGUCAGGGUUUUCGGAGGGACGAGUCUCCAUUUCCACCCUCGUCAAAACGCAAGAGGACUCGCAGCCCUUCUCCUCGUGGCCAGCGAGGCCAUUUUUCUCAUCGGCGCCCUUCUUUCGCCAGCCACGGAGAAAGACGCGACCGAAGCCCCUCAUAUAAGAGCCGAGGGCGAUUUCCGGGACGCGGUGCUGGUCGACGACGAUCCCCCCGUCGAGGCCGAGACCGCCGUGGCAAAGAUAAUCGCCAUUCUGAUAUUCCACGACCGGACAAGUCAAGAUCUCCUGUUCGGGAUAGAGGAUUCCACCCAUCACCUGAUCGACGGUCUCGGUCACCCAGCGCCGGCUAUAGUGACAGAGACUCUCGCUAUCGAUCCCGUUCCUUAUCACGGCAUUCUGGCCGAUCUAUAGGCUCAAGAGCGUCUGUAUUUUCUUUUCAAUCACGUGGUGACGAUGGUAUAAGCUCGAACCGGCCUGUGGACAAUGGGGGUCGGUCUCCAAUGCAUCGGCGAGUCACAAGCUUUGAUGGCAGCAACAUGAGCGGUCCUAGUGAUGGACCUGCUAACAUACGAGAUGAUUUUUCAACACAUGGCAAACCGGCUUCAGAUGAUCACAAAAAGCAACACCGAGGGUCGUCACGACCACAUGCUGGCAUAGGGUCGUACUCGACCUCACCCCGGUUUGGGUCGCCGACAGGAUCUCACCAUGGAUCCCCCUUUCCCCCUUCCCCGUACUCAGGUGGGGGACGAGGUGGGCGAAAUGGCCCCCCUUCCUAUUCAGGCUCCAUCCGGUCGCCUUACCGCCAAGAUGACUUUUUCUCGCAGAAUACAUCUCAAGGCCAUCAUAAAAACCCACCAAGUCAUCCCCAUUCCCCAUACAAUGGUCCUUCCCGCGGCGGUCAUCAUCCUUACCGAGCAAACCAAGCAAGCUCAGGCACUGGCCGCCGAUUCUCUGGCUCCGGUGCUUCUUCAUUCAAUAAUGGCCACGCAAGCCGGGUUGGCCGAGGACAUUUCAACAACCUGCAAUGGACUGCAUCUGGAUCUCGGGGCGGCCGGAGUGGGCAACAAAGCCCCAGGCCUGGCCACAAUCGCGGCUCACGGACUCCUACAAGGGAAGCUUCUAUAGAUGACGCGCGUUCCCCUCGAGCGAUGGAGUCUGAGGAUGAUUUCAGGCCUUCGAGUAGGGACCGUUUUCAAAAAGAUGGCAAUGCUCCGCCCACCUCGGAGGAGGCUCAUGUGUCUGACAUGGCACCCCCAGCUCGCGAAGUGAAAGAAUCAACGCCCGCUCAGAAAGGUGGAAAAUUCAGUUUCACCUUCAAAGCAAAGACUACACCAACUACUACCCCCAAGCCUGUUCCGGAUCUUGCACAGCGGAUGCAAAUUCGCGAACCACCUUCUCGUGUGCCUGCACCAGACCCGCCAACGCCACGUAACAGGUUAACAAACGGUCCAAUGCCCAAAUUUCAACCCGAACCCCGUCAGGAUCGUCGCGAUCGGGAUCGUGGUGGCCGGGACAGAGAACGAGACUGGGAUCGCCGUGAGUUCAGAGAUCAACGAGACCCGCGUGAGUUCCGAGACCACCGAGAUCAGCGUGAUCAACGGGACCGAAAAGAUGAACGGCGUUUCGAAAACCGUCGUGACCGUCGCAAGAACGAGCGGAACGAGCGGCGCGCCGACUUUCGACAGGAUCGGCACAGGGACCGUACCCCAGAGCCGCCGAAAGAGCAGCCUCCAAAGCAGAAGAAGAUUCUUACUCGUCCCAAACCUCGCCCGACGCUCCCGGAAGAGUUUGCAGACGCCGAUUCGGUCUAUUACAGGAAGCCCGGCAAUGAGUCUGUUAUUGGUGCCGGUACCUAUGGCAAAGUUUUCAAGGGAAUACACGUCUAUACGCAGCGUAAGGUCGCUCUGAAGAAAAUCCGAAUGGAAGGUGAGAAAGAUGGGUUUCCUGUCACUGCUGUGCGCGAAAUCAAACUUCUGCAACAUUUGCGAAACCACAAUGUGGUCAGCCUGCUGGAAGUCAUGGUCGAAAGAAAUGAAUGUUUCAUGGUCUUCGAAUACCUAUCGCAUGAUCUGACCGGUCUCAUCAACCAUCCUACUUUUUCUCUCACUCUUGCGCACAAGAAAGAUCUCGCCAAGCAAAUGUUCGAAGGGCUCAACUAUCUCCACCAUCGCGGGGUACUCCAUCGCGAUAUCAAAGCGGCCAAUAUCUUGAUCAGCAACCAAGGACUCUUGAAAUUUGCUGAUUUUGGCCUGGCCCGAUUCUUUUCUAAGAGCCGCCAGCUGGAUUAUACGAAUCGGGUGAUUACCAUUUGGUACAGACCGCCAGAGCUCCUCCUGGGUGAGACCCGGUAUGGUCCAGCCGUCGAUGUGUGGAGUGCUGCCUGUGUUUGCAUCGAAAUGUUCACCAAGAAGGCUGCGUUCCCCGGCGAUGGGGGCGAAUUGAGCCAAUUAGAUAAGCUGUAUAACUCCCUGGGCACUCCUACCAAAGGCGACUGGCCUGAUCUAGUGGAGAUGCCGUGGUUCCAGCUUAUGCGACCCAGCGAGCGCAAAAAGCGAGUGUUUGAGGACCAGUACCGUGACAUCCUGACCCCAGCGGCGCUGGACUUGAUCUCACAAGUCUUCCGCUAUGACCCUGCCAAACGACCAAGUGCCGAAGAAUUGCUCCAACACCCGUACUUUGUGUCUGAGGAACCCGCCCCUCAGCAAGCUCUCGAGUUGGAGCACAUCGAAGGUGACUGGCACGAGUUUGAGUCCAAGGCCCUCCGCAAGGAGGCUCGCCGCGCCGAAUAUCAGAGCCAAAAGGAUCGAGAGAAGCGCAAGGCUGAGGCGUCUGUGCCACCGAGUGAUCGAGAUCGUAAGAGGGCGCGUGGCGAGGGCACGGACCAAACUGCGUAA